CAUUUGUGCACCCCUUGUUUCAGCAAUUCAUCUGUCAGUGUGUACCACGAUUCGAUUAAUCGAAGAAACCGACAACAAAAAUAAUCAUUACAAUUCGAAACCAAAGAAAAUUUAUUCACGACCUACAGAAUAAAUUUAAUUAGAACGUAAUGAGUGAUAAUACGCCAUCGCAAAGUGCUUUGUCGCUCGAAGCGCAGGCCGCUCGUCGUGAAGCUAGGAGAAAACGUAUUCUAGAAAACUCGAACAAUCGUCUAAGCAAAAUUGCCGGAAGAGAACUCAAUGAACCACCCGCAGAACAAACUUCGGUGCCACCUCCAGAUAUUAUAUAUCCGGAUCCGGAGGACGAGCGUGAUGUAUAUCAGCAGCUUCCACAGAUGAGCCCUGUUGAUCAUGCGAACUUCACAACACCGAAUGGUGAUAUAUUUUCACUUCUCAACACACUGAGUCAGGCACAAUCGAACGGACGACUGCCGGGAGGAGAAGGACAGCGACACGAAGAAGCACCUGUGCCGGAAACUAGAGCAGCCAAAUUCAUCCGUACAAAAAUUCAUAUAGCCGUGACAGCAAUCAUAGUAUAUCUCUUAUUCGCCAACGAUCAGCAGCAUCUGAUCGGGGGAAAUGUUUUCAUUUUGCUGCUGGGAUGGGAGGUUAUUGAGGUUUUUCUGUUGAAAACAUAUGAACCGAAAGCUUCCUUCCUGGACGUGGUGUUCCUCCUGGGAGGCAUAUCCAAGAAGUACUCGCAGAUGAUCGUCAAGUUCACCCAGACAAUCAACAAAGUGCUUAAAGACGUAGCAUUCUUUGUGUUUUUCUUCGUGCUGUCCCAUCUGGUGUGGAGCCGUUUGGUGCUGGGCAUAGAGUUGGGAUAUGUACUGGGCUACGAAAGGUUGGAGUCGUCUUAGAGAAUGUUUGCCCUGGCAUUGGAGGACAAACGCAUUUAUUGUUUCGUUCAAGACGCCCUAAUUUGUUUUACCCAAACUCGUCGACGAAUGAUCCCACUUUGGAAGGAACAAUACAAGCAGAACCAUCCUGUACACUGCGGAAUAAAGGGACAAGCAGGAACAACAAAAUUAGACACAUAAGUUUAUCUGAAAUAAGCUAAACAUGCCUAAUGCUGCUAAUUAAAACUACAUUUAUUUCUUGAUAGAACUCACGUCGUCGAAA